AUGGAGGAUGUAGAUGCCGAGUUUGCCCCCUUGCGUAAGUCACUGCAAGCGGUAGAUGCAAAUAAAAUCAUACAGGAUGUCUCUGUAGAUCAUGAGCAACAGGCGUUUUUGAGAAAAAUUCGUCUUGUUACUGGCCAAGAGAAGUCUUCCAAGUCACAGAUAGCAGUUGAAGGUGCGAAUGAGGGUUCAGAGGCACGUACAGAUACUAAUUCUGCGCUCCCAACUCCAAGUACUGGCGAUGCAUCCCGAUAUCUUGCUAGCAAGCGCCCACAUUCAGAUCACGAAGACGACGUACCUACCCCAAAACGGAAGCAAGCCAACGUUCUAGACCCCGAUUUCCUGCAAUUCCAGGCCUACUUUUUGAAGCAGCUAAAUGGGUCUCUUCCCCCAACCGAAACGCGGCUUCCAAGUUUCGUUCACGAGUGUUCCAAAGAAGUGGAACGCAUUCUUAAACAGUCCAUCAUACAGAAGGAAAGUCAUUCAGCGAUAAUUGUGGGACCCAGAUCUCACUUUAAAACAGCAGUCAUUGAGCAUCAUCUCUCCUUCUUGACCCAGAAGUACGAACAACAAUUUGUGACUAUUCGUCUUAACGGACUGAUACAUUCAGAACAAGCUGCAAUCAACAGUAUCGCUUACCAACUAGAGUCCCGCUUACAGGGCUUACACGGCAACAAGGACAUCUCAUUUUCAAUAAGCUCAGGUUCACUGACCGAGGUUUUUGAAAAGGUACUACGAUUGAUUGAUACUACUGCCAUUCAGCACUCCAAGUCAUCCUCAGCCUCGAGGGCUGAGAAAAUAUCGAUAAUUUUCAUAUUCGAUGAAAUAGAUACUUUCGCGGGGCCUUUGAGGCAAACACUCCUCUACAACCUUUUCGACAUGGUAGAACAUGCUCGAGUACCCGUCUGCAUUUUGGGCAGCACUACUAAGAUGAACGUCGUGGAGCAUUUGGAAAAAAGAGUAAACAGUCGUUUUUCCCAACGAAUGAUUUAUGUCCCUACCAUCAAGACGUUUGAAGAAUUCUUGGAUGUGGUUCAGGAAGAUUUUCGCAUUGAUAUUACCAACGAGAGUGCUUUGAAAUGGAACGAGGCGCUCAAACAACUCAUCAACAAAGACACAUCAAACCUCCGUCGGGUUUUGAAAAAUAAUUAUGAAACGUUCCGGUCCACUAUUCUUUUGAAGAACAGCCUACAACUUUUAGUCGCCAAAGAAAAAUCUAUAGAAGCGCUAAUCUCCGGGCUCGAAACAUGUUAUUGGAUUAAUUGUUACAACCGCAAUCAGUUAGAAAACUCACUGAGUUCAAAGGUAAAAACUCUUUCAGAUCUUGAACUGGCUGUGCUGGUUGCAGCUGCGAGGGUUUCACUCAAAACGGACGACAAUGUCAAUUUCAAUUUGGCUUAUGCUGAGUAUUCGAGCAUGGUCAAAGAAACCAACAAAAAGAUGCCAAUCAUUCCGCAAGCGACGGGCACGUCUAUGAUGUUGGAAAGUACUUUACGAGUUUGGAAAAAGCAAGAUGUAAAAAAUAUUUGGGAAAAUAUCAUCGACCUUGAUUUUCUGGCUGAAAGGGGCUCCGUCGGGCUGCGAGUCUCUGCAUCGGCUGCAUUUCAAGCUAGCAACUACCACGCGACAGCGACCAUCAUACCCUUCGAUUUGAGAACAUAUCAAAUGCAGAUUACGCUUCAAGAACUCCGUCGCACGGUUCCCAAAUUAUCGAUAUAUUACAGUUGGACUCAGCUAUAA